ACCAUGACAGGCACCGAGCCUGAAGGGCUGAAGUUGAAACGGGAGGUAGGGCUAAUUAGUGCGGUAUCUCUGGUCGCAGGCACUAUGAUAGGAUCGGGGAUCUUUAUGUCCCCCCAGUUUGUGAUGUCCAACGUUGGAAGCCCUGGAGCAAGCUUGAUCAUCUGGGCUGUGUGUGGCCUGGUGACUAUAUGUGCUGCGCUCACUUAUGCAGAGCUCAGUACGAUUUUUAGAGAAUCUGGAGGACAAUUCAUUUACAUACUGAGACUCUACGGACCCUUGCCUGCAUUCUUUGUGUCAUUCACGGUAAUAAUCGUGCUGAAGCCGUCAAGUAUUGCGGCUGUAUCCUUAAGCUUUGCUCAGUAUGUCGUGGCUCCUUUUUAUCCAGACUGCAUGCCACCUACAUUGGUGGUAAAAUGUAUAGCAGCGGUGGCCAUAUUAGUGGUGGCUAUUGUCAAUAUGUUGAAUGUUCGCUUCGCCAUGGCUAUUCAGACUAUCUUCUUGGUUGCUAAAACACUGGGUCUGAUUGUGAUCAUGACUGCUGGAAUACUUAUCAUUGCCAAGAAUGGCCUGGAAAACCUUGAUUCGGACAUUGCCUUUGAGGGGACAACUUUGGGGCUCAGUAGUCUUGGAAUGGCUCUGUAUCAGGGACUCUGGUCUUUCUCAGGAUGGAAUAAUUUAGCUGUUGUGCUUGAAGAGGUGAAAAAGCCAGAGGUAAAUCUUCCCCGUGCAUUAAUGAUUGCCAUCCCGGUGGUGACAAUCUUCUACUUGCUGGUCAAUAUCAGUUAUCUCGUCGUCCUGACUCCUAGAGAAGUGAUGAUGUCGAGUGCUGUAGCUGUCACUUGGGGAAGUAAGGUCCUGGGCAGCUGGGGCUGGGUGAUGUCUAUUGCAGCAGCAUUAUCUUCCUUUGGCACGCUAAAUGGAUCAUUCUUUGGUGGGGGACGAAUCACCUUUGCAGCUGCCAGAGAGGGUCACAUGCCUAGCAUUCUGUCCAUGGCUCAUGUGCGAUGCCUCACUCCCUCUCCAGCUCUCACCUUCACCACCAUCAUUGCCUUCAUUGUGCUCAUUCCUGGAAAUUUCCGGGGCAUAGUAAACUAUCUCAGCUUCACAUCUUGGUUUUUCAACGGACUUACAAUAUCAGGACUAAUCUAUCUAAAAAUAAGAAAUUCUGAUCUUCCUCAUACAUACAAGGUACCCAUUUUUAUCCCUAUCCUGGCUCUGAUGGCAUCUGUGUUCCUCGUUCUAGCCCCUAUUGUUGACAAGCCUCAGAUUGAGUACCUAUAUGCCACCAUCUUCAUCCUAAGUGGAACUUUGAUUUAUAUUCCAUUCAUACACUUUAAACUGUGCCCUCACUUGUUGGAAAAAGUCACAGUGUUUCUGCAGCUCUUCCUGGAGGUGGCACCAGCAGAAAAAAAUAUGUGAAACACCAAAGCAGACUUGGAGACAGAGAUUUUUUAGCAUUUUGCUAGGAUUUUUAUAACCAGUAAAUGAGGGCUAAUGAACUUUUGGAAAACAAAUAAAUGAAUAAAAACUUGGAACAUUUUGCCUAAAAAAAAGCCACACUGUCUUGGCUUAUAGUGAAAGCCUUAGAGCUUUACAGACUAAAUAAACAUGUUUUCAACAUACAAUUAAAAUUUUAUUUUAUGGUUAA